AUGAAGACUUGCAAGAAAAGAUAGUAGAUCAACUUGCUAUUUACAAGGCAGCUGAGGGGCUUUUUAAGCUCCGACUUGCUAUUAAACAAAGAAAGAUGAAGUCGUCAGUUGAGUGGUGGGACCAAUAUGGUGUAGAGACUCCGGAUUUACAGACUUUCGCCAUCAGAGUUCUAAGUUUAACUUGUAGCUCAUCCGGAUAUGAAAGGAACUGGAGCGUUUUUGAACACAUUCAUACAAAGAAGAGGAAUCGACUAACCUUGAAGUACCUCCAUAAUCUAGUGUUCAUAAAAUACAAUAGAGCAUUGAGGCGUCGCUACAACCACCGCAAUCUAAUUGAUCCAAUUCUUUUGGACAAUAUUGAUGAGGCUAAUGAGUGGCUAACCGGAGUCCCCGAAAAUUGUGAAGAUGAAGAAGUAUUUGAAGGCGAUUCUAAUUUCACUUGGGGUGAUGUUGCGGUUGCUAGUGGAGUUGGGGAGAAUCCUUAUGGUUUAAGGGGGAAUACUUCAAGUUCAAGCUCGAUUAGGAAGGAAAAAAGUGUGGCUACUACAAGUCGAUCCUUAUCCCUAAUUGAUGAAGAUGAAAGUGAUCAUGAAGAGGAAGAGGAGGGGGAAGAAUAA